ACAAACACACACACACAGUCACCCACACGCACACACGCACGUGCAGACGACACCUCGCGGGAAACCGAAAAACCGAAAAAACGAGCGACGAACGAAAACGAACACACAGUCGCCUGUGGACAAGCAGCCCGACUUGACGUUACGAACCGAACGCCGCCGAACGAACGGCGAUUUGAACGACGCGAUUUGAGAUUUUGGAUUGGAGAUUUGCGGAUUCGAGUGGCUGGAGAUUUGAGACGCGACGCGCGCUUCAAAAACGCCUGCGCAAACGGCUGCCAAAGCGGCGAUUUCGAAUUUUUUUGAGUGGUCUAAAUGUGUUAACUUCAAAACUAUUGGCAAUAGACUAAUUUUUUUGUUUAGUGCGACUCUGGUGAAUUUUUCAAACUAUUAAAAAUCACAGAAUUUGGAGUUCUUGUUUAAAGUCUACAACUUGUAAACGGUUUCGAAAAUUUCAAGGUAUUUUUAUUUGUGAUUUGGCGAAACAAUUAAAUACCAAAAAUUAGCUAUUUCUAAAACUACAGAACGGUUUAAAAUUUAUUAUUUUAAAACUACGUAAUCAUACAUUAUCCAGUGCGUUUUUUUUUUAACUGAAAAAGCUGAAGAUUUCGUUUUGUUUUGAAAGAAAUUGAGUGAUUUUAAAAACCAACAAUACAAUAUUGGCGAAUUAAGCAAGCCACUGAACCCCCAAACAUGAUCCGUGGAAUCUUGCUCCUGCUGCUGGGAACCACCGGGUUCAGCCUCAUCCAGUGCAUCUCCAAUGACGUCUACUUCAAGAUGUUUUCGCAACAGGCGCCGCCGGACGAUCCGUGCUACAAUAAAGCGCACGAGCCACGCGCCUGCAUUCCGGACUUUGUGAACGCCGCCUACGAUGCCCCAGUGGUGGCCAGUUCCACGUGCGGAUCGUCGGGUGCGCAGCGGUACUGCGAGUACCAGGAUCACGAGCGCUCCUGCCACACCUGCGACAUGGCGGAUCCGUUGCGCAGCUUUCCAGCCCGCUCGCUGACCGAUUUAAACAACUCGAAUAAUGUGACCUGCUGGCGCAGUGAGCCGGUGACCGGAAGUGGGGACAACGUGACCUUGACCCUCUCGCUGGGCAAGAAGUUCGAGCUGACCUAUGUGAUCCUACAGCUGUGCCCGCACGCUCCGCGUCCCGAUUCGAUGGUGAUCUACAAGAGCACCGAUCACGGGCUCAGCUGGCAGCCAUUCCAGUUCUUUAGCUCCCAGUGCCGCCGGCUUUUCGGACGUCCCGCCCGCCAAUCCACUGGACGCCACAACGAGCACGAGGCCCGCUGCAGCGAUGUCACCAGACCACUGGUCUCCAGGAUUGCCUUCAGCACACUGGAGGGACGCCCAUCGUCUCGGGAUCUGGACUCCUCGCCGGUGCUGCAGGACUGGGUGACGGCCACCGAUAUCCGGGUGGUGUUCCAUCGCCUCCAACGCCCCGAUCCGCAGGCCCUGCUCUCAUUGGAAGCCGGAGGAGCAGCGGAUUUGGCCAGCGGCAAGUACAGUGUGCCCCUGACCAAUGGACCCGCUGGCAAUAAUAUUGAGGCGAAUCUCGGUGGGGAUGUGGCAACAUCCGGCAGUGGAUUGCACUAUGCCAUCUCGGACUUUUCGGUGGGAGGACGGUGUAAGUGCAAUGGACACGCCUCCAAGUGCUCCACGGACGCCAGUGGGCAGCUGAACUGUGAGUGCAGCCACAAUACCGCUGGAAGGGAUUGCGAACGCUGCAAGCCAUUCCACUUCGAUCGUCCCUGGGCCAGAGCCACCGCCAAGGAAGCCAAUGAGUGCAAAGAAUGCAACUGCAACAAGCACGCCCGUCAGUGCCGCUUCAACAUGGAAAUCUUCCGGCUUUCGCAGGGCGUCUCCGGCGGAGUCUGCCAGAAUUGUCGCCACUCGACCACGGGCCGGAAUUGUCAUCAGUGCAAGGAGGGAUUCUACCGGGACGCCACCAAACCACUCACCCACCGCAAGGUUUGCAAAGCCUGCGAGUGCCACCCGAUCGGGUCAUCUGGCAAGAUCUGCAACAGCACCAGCGGUCAAUGUCCCUGCAAGGACGGGGUCACCGGACUGACCUGCAACCGCUGCGCUCGAGGUUACCAGCAAAGUCGCUCCCACAUCGCCCCCUGCAUAAAACAACCACCGCGUAUGAUCAACAUGCUGGACACCCAAAACACCGCUCCCGAGCCGGAUGAGCCCGAAUCCUCUCCAGGAUCUGGUGGCGACCGCAACGGCGCCGCCGGAAUGGCCGCCCAGUCCCAGUACUAUCGCACCGAGGGCGGCAGGGAAUGCGGCAAAUGCAGAGUCAGCACCAAAAGGCUAAACCUAAACAAGUUCUGCAAAAGAGACUACGCAAUAAUGGCAAAAGUAAUUGGUCGCGAUACGAGCAGCGAGGCGGUCAGCAGGGAAGCUCAACGGCGCGCAAUGGAUCCCGACGUGGCGGACUACGAAAUGGACCAGGUGCAGCCGGGGUCGGCCCGAUCCCCGAUCACGGGGGAGUACGAGUUUCAGGCGGCGGACUAUCCCAAUCCCAAUCCCAGAGGCAGCGAAAUGGAGCGCUUCGAUCUGCAGAUCCAGGCCGUCUUCAAGCGCAGCAGGCCAGGCGAAAGCAGCGGCGCGGGGAACGUGUACGGAAUGCCGAAUACAACCCUAAAACGCGGUCCUAUGACCUGGAUCAUACCGACUAAGGACCUGGAGUGCCGCUGCCCCAAGAUCAGAGUAAACAGAUCCUAUUUGAUCUUGGGUCGGGACUCGGAGGCGCCACCCGGAUACCUGGGCAUCGGACCACACUCGAUCGUAAUCGAAUGGAAGGAGGACUGGUAUCGACGCAUGAAGCGCUUCCAACGGAGAGCGCGUACUUGCGCGUAAUCCUCCAGCCAAUUACAACACCACAUCCUGCGUGUAGUCUCAAGAUUCUAGAGCUAAGAAAUUAUUAACAGCAGAAAACAAUCAAAUCGUGUCAUCAUUGUCUUUUAAACACUUUUUUUUUGUUUUUUUUUAAUGUCAAAUUAACCGAUUUUGUAGCAGUUAAAAUCAAACUAGCUGUAUUUAAUUUAUUUAAUUAACUUCAAUCGUUACAAAGCAAUCGGUAAUUGAUAACUUGAAAUCAAACGCACGAAAUUAUCUAUACAUGUAAUCUACGUAAUCUAUAUAUACGACUUGUAUUAUUCGCUAAAUUAAGAUUCCUGUCAGCCCAGUUUAAGCAUUUGUGAACAAUUUACGUACUAGGGCCGCCUCGAAAUCAAACAGAGCGCCAGUAAGCAAUAAUUUAUGUGUAAGAAGCACUUUGAUGCAUGCAUGACUCGCAAAAAUAGUAAUUAAUAAAUAUUGUACAGAGCAGAGCACAA